AUGGCAUUCACUAGGAAACUAGAUAAUACCCAAAAUAGUACUACGGCUGCUAGAUUAAUUAAGCCAAGGACCCAUUUCUGCCUCGAACCAAAAGUAAAAGUUGAAAAACCAUUUAAAUAUGAACGAAAUUUAACCACGAAAUUCAAAUUUGGCGCACAUGUUGGGAUGGCAGGAGGUAUUUAUAACUCUGUAACAAAUGCCAGAAAUAUUGGAGCCAAUAGUUUUGCCUUGUUUCUAAAAUCGCCCAGAAAAUGGGUAUCGCCAGAGUAUAAAUCAGAAGAUGUUAAGAAAUUUCAUCAUCUAUGUUCUGUACAUGGGUAUAAUCCUAGGACAGACAUUUUACCACAUGGGUCGUAUAUGAUCAAUUUGGGCAAUCCAGAUUCGGAAAAAGAAGAAAAAGCAUACAAUUCAUUUUUAGAUGACUUGAAAAGAUGCGAGAUGUUGAAUAUUGGGUUGUACAAUUUUCAUCCCGGGUCAAGUUUGGAUGGAGACCAUAAGGAAGCUUUGGUAAGAUUAGCUAAGAACAUAAACAGGGCCAUAAAUGAGACCAAGUUUGUUAAGAUUGUAAUUGAAAAUAUGGCGGGACACGGCAAUCUUAUCGGUUCAAACUUGCAAGAUAUAAAGGAUGUUAUCAAUAUGAUAGUUGACAAAUCACGCGUUGGCGUUUGUUUAGAUACGUGUCAUUCCUUUGCCGCUGGGUACGAUAUUACAGAUUCUGCCAAAUUGACCGAAUUCAUUAAACUAUUUGACGAUUUGAUUGGACCAGAAUACCUUAGUGCAAUACAUUUGAACGACUCAAAGGCGCCCCUUGGUGCUAAUAGAGAUUUACAUCAAAAAUUGGGCUUGGGUUAUUUAGGUUUGGAAGUGUUUCGCGCUAUUGCCAAUUGCGAGAGAUUACAAGGUAUACCAAUAGUUUUGGAAACACCUAUAAAUACUGGUGAAGACGAUGAAGUAUACGGAGAGGAGAUCAAAUUAUUGGAAUGGCUCGAAGGUAGGCUGGCAGAGGAUUCUGAAUAUACCAUAAAAAGAAAACAACUUUCACAAUUGGGGGAAAAAGAAAGAGAGGAACAAUUGAAAAAGUUUGAAACUAAACAAGAAAAGGGUACCUUGAAGAAGAAGAAAAACAACAACAACGACAACAACAACAAAAGGAAAAAAACAAUUGCUGUUGAAGAAGAGGAGGGGGGGAAAUCCGAAACAAUAACCCCGGUCAAGAAAAGGAAAGUGAAUCCAAGGUAA